AUGGUGCGACAUGGGCUGCCCCCAGGUAGAUUGUUUUCAGAACCCGUCACUACGAUGAGAUACACAGCGCAAGACGACGCUGGCAACAUGGCCACGUGCUCAUUCGACAUACAUGUAAAGGUAAUCCGCUGCACCCCACCCCCUCCGAGAGUGAACAACGGCUACAGGAUAUGUCACCUGGGUACGGAUUACCGCCUCGGCAGUGACUGCAGGUACGGGUGUUACGAGGGUUACGAGCUAACCGGAGCUUCGUCCAAAACCAUCAAAUGUCUCGACAGCGGACGCUGGUCCGGCAGCUUUCCAACGUGUAAAAAGCUGAGUUGUCGACGCUUACCUGAACUAUCAGGUAUGACCAAACACUGUACCGAUGGGUCUAAGGUUCGCAGUAUCUGUACGUACAGCUGCACCCAGCCUGGCUACGACAUCCUGCCAGGCAGGAGACGAGCCUUCGUGUGUCAAGCCAACAAGAGAUGGAGUGGAGACCCGUCAAGUGUGACGUGUAAAGAUAUGGAACCUCCAAAGUUUAAGCGAGUCUUAAAUGCCAUAGCGUUUGCAGACAAAGGCUCUACCUCCACAACAGUCGAGUUCAUGGAUCCUCCUGAAGUGGAAGAUAACUCCUCUCCAGCAAAUAUUAUUCCUGUACAGGUCAAAGGUCAAAAAUCAAAGACAAGAUUCAGUGUGGGAGUUCACCUGAUUGAAUUUCACGCUGUCGAUGGUGCUGGAAACAAGGCCAAGCCUUUGAAGUUUAAGAUUAUUGUUAAAGAGUUGGUGUGUCACACACUGUACCGAACAGCCUACCAGACUGUGAUCUGUGAGGAGGGAUACAGAUAUGGAUCGCCGUGCUACUUCUUCUGUGAUGACAAUUUUGCUCUCGUAGGAACCGCCAAUGUGACGUGCGAGAGGAUGGGAAGUCAUCCGUAUCUUUAUGGAGCCUGGACGUUUGGCAGCAGGCACCCUUCUUGCAUAUUACAAAAGAAGUGUCCGCCACUUCGGGCUCCAGACAAUGGUGCGAUGGUGUGUGACACGUGGUUUGGCGGCCAGUUCUGUCAGUUCAUGUGUAGAAAUGGUAUAGACAUUCCCAGGACGUUUAAAGAAUAUCAGCUCUUUCAUUGCGGCAAUACCGGUAUCUGGAACUUAAACAAAUGCUUGGCUGACAAAAUACCAAACUGUGUCAAUCCAUGUGAUAAAGGAUCAUUCCAUGACGUAACAAACAGCACGUGCAAUUUGUGUGCAAAAGGCGAGUAUCAGGACACAGAAGGACAGACCACGUGUUUACAGUGUCCGUCUGGCCACACGACUGCCGGGAAAGGAGCAGCCGACAUCAGCUCUUGUCAAGAGGCAUGCGCGGCUGGUUCUGUAUCUAGGACUGGAAUCUCCCCGUACACUCCAUGUGAACUGAGCACGUACCAACCACAAGUAGGUCAGAGCACGUGUAGGCGGUGCGCAGGUAGCAUGACCACCAUCUCGCAGGGAGCGGUCAGUGUAUCAGAAUGUGCAGAAUUUGACCUUGAGCUGGAACCGUCUAAUACAUCAGUUGCACAGGCAUCUCUGGAGCUGGACAAUCUUGUCCUUGGUGAUUCAUUUGUGAUGAGCUGGUGGCUGCGGAUUUUAUAUUCAAACGAGACAAGGCUCCUGACUGUCCUGGGAGAGACGCACGUCGAUUGGCUGUUGGUGACGGUGAAUGAUUCAUCUUGUAUCACAGUUAACAGGUAUAGAGUGAUGAGACAUCUCUCCAGUGGAAUCGAGCUUCACAAUCUAAUGACCUGUGAUUUGAUAGUUCUAAAACUUAGUACAAGAGAUUCAUUUGUUGGGUCAGUUUCCCAGUUCAACAUUUGGUCAGGCAGUGAGAUGCUGCCACAACAACCAACAUGCAGGAGUGGCAAAUCUGGAGACAAACUAUCGUGGAGGAAAUUUGUAAAUGCCAACCUAACAGAGUCUGCAGUAAGUCUUCCCGGUGAAUGUGAUGAUUUUGAUAACUGUGCCAGUAAUCCCUGCCACCAUGGUAACUGCACAGAUGGGCUGCACUCGUUUGAUUGUGAGUGUUACCAUGGCUAUGAAGGAACUCGAUGUGAGACCAACAUUGACGAUUGUCUAGAGAAUGUGUGUGAACAUAACGGAACCUGUGUCGAUCAAGCUGGAGGCUUCUCGUGUAACUGUACUGACCUAUUUACUGGAGACCUGUGUGAGAUAGCUGUUGUACAUGGUGGGUGGGCUGACUGGGAGGACUGGUCGACGUGCAGCGUGUCCUGUGGUCAAGGUGUGAGGACCAGAAAGCGAUCCUGUACCAAUCCGACUCCAGACAACGGGGGACGAGAGUGUGACAGUUUGGACACCGAACAAGAAGUCUGCAACGAGACCGUGUGCCCAGUUUGCAAAGAAAUAUCAGCCCCGGCUAACGGGUCCGUAUUGUGUGAGAACUCGACGACUUUCAUCAACUGCACCAUGGACUGUGACGAGGGUUACCUCCCAGACAUAGAACCGCUCAGUUCGUACUACUGUGGGGAACAAACCGGUCACAUCUGGAACUUCGAGACCGAACAGAAUCCUCACAGACGACUUCCUUUCUGCUCAAAGACUCACAACCCUGAGACGUUGUCUGCCACUUACAACAUCAAAUACAGAAACCUCCGCUGUGGCAAAAACGAGGCUGCCAUGUCCAUUGUGCGAGAUCACGUGACGCGCUUGCUUCAGUCAGACGUCACCUGUGUGACAGACGCAAAAUGUGACAUCGAUGACGUCAGUGUCGGAUGUUCUGUGUCGAUGCGAGAAAAGCGAGAUGUCUCGGAAGAAAGCAUGGGCUUCACUGUAACUCUCAGGAACAAUGGUGAUGGUCCUGAGAGUGGUGUUGUACUGGAGUCAGCUAUGCAUGCUCUUCAAGACCAUGCUCAAGUGGGGAGUUUCACGGUGAACAUCAGUGGAGUCUUGUACCAUGUGGAUGUCAACCAGACAGAUGUGUAUGGAGAUGUCACCUGUCCAGAAGGAAUGGCCAGCUACAGCUAUUUCUGUGUCCCGUGUGGUCACGGCUCAUUCUUAUCUUCUGACCUGUGCAUGCUGUGUGGAUAUGGCACUUAUCAAGACAAGCCUGGACAGACGGCGUGUGACCAGUGUCCAGACGGAUGGACAACAGAUGGCGUGGGUUCCAGGGAUGUGUCCGAUUGUUCAGUUGAGCAACUAUCAACUAAACAUGCCGUUGCCAUAUCACUUUCUGUGAUUGUUGUGUUAGGAACUGUCAUCGUCAUCAUCAUUGUGAUUCUUGUUAGAAGAUUCGGGCGGAAUGCAGCCUACAAAUUGAAUCAACGGUGUACCACAUCGGAUGCACAUGUCGCUACGCCAAUACUGGAGAUGAAUGAAAAGUACAUACAGUACCCAACCACCGUGUCAAGGCAAGACGCGAAACUGAACCGGAACCAGCAUGGGAAGAAAAUUACCCAGCCACUACUCCAAACAAACCUUUAAUAACAGAGUGGUGUCAUCUGCUACCCCUUACACUUCAUGAUCAGAACCCAGAGCAGAUGCUAUAUUACCACCAGCUGACAAAGCAUAAGAGCUCAGAGUGUAUUACUGUUCCUAUGGCAGCACCAGUUUUGUUAAUGGCUGUAUAAACGCCAUCUUCUUAAAUCAAGGCUAAUAUUCAUUCCUCGUAUUCAGCCUUGAUACAUGUCGCCAAGAAA